AUGUCUACCAAUAUAGAAGGAAGCUUGUUAUCAGCAUUGGUAUCAGGAACCUCCACUGCUGCCGUGGUGGGUACUUUGACUUAUCCAUUAGAUUUCAUCAAACAUAGCACGCAGUUAAAUCACCCCCAACAAAUUGCCAAAUACAAAAUUCCUUCUAAUGGACCUCACUCCAUGGCUCAAUUGUUCAAAGGUUGUAGUGCUUUAGUUACAGGUAAUAUCUUGAAGAAUGGUGCUAGAAUCUUUCUGUAUCAUUGGGCAUCCAAUUUCAUGUCUUUGGAACUGCAAGAUUCCCACGGUAACUCCAUAAAAAAAACUACUGCUCCUAGAAUUGUUAUUGCUGGGUUUAUGAGUGGGAUGUUAGAGACCUUAUGGUUAAUUCCCUUUGAGAAUAUCAAAAUAGCUAUGAUUCAGAAUCAGUUGUUAAGAAACGAAAUCGAUAGUUGUUUGAAGCAAGGACUUAAGAUCGAUGUCACGGGACAAUCCAUAGAUAUGCACCAUAAACCUACCCAGAAUAUCUUCAAGAACCAUUAUAUUUCACCUCAUAUCUAUUUCACCAACGAAUUGGCAGCCCAAUAUAAAGGUUUGAACGUAUCAAGAUUCUCCACAACUCACAUGAAACAUACCAAGAAGGAUGCCCUCAAACAAAAGUAUAAUAAAAACCCUUCAUUGACCUUACUGGGAGUCAUUAAGGAAAUAUAUACAUUGAAAGGAACCAAAGGGUUUGCUUAUGGUGGAUUCAUCACAUUUAUUCGUCAAGGAGCCAUAUCAUCCAUUUGGUUAUCCACUUAUAACUGGACAAAACAGUUAUACUUACCCCAUAAUAAGAGUCAUGAUGGAUGGUUCGGUGAAAGUUUAACGUUGAUCCAAAGUGUGGGUUUACAAGUAGCAGCCAGUGCUGCGGUAAUAACUAUAACUCAACCUAUAGACGUGGUUAAGUCUCAUAUGCAAUCAAAGAAUUCUCAUGUCAUAUAUAAGGAUUCUUUGGGAACUGCCUAUAGACUUGUGAUGGAACAAGGGUUCACCUCCCUUUACAAAGGAACUUUACCCAGAGGUAUCAAAGUAUUGGUCAGUGGAGGAUUGAGUGCUAACCUUUAUGCUUACUUUGAGAGUAUGUUUAAUAAUGCUAGUAGUAAGACUGUUUUCAGUAAUGAAUGA